AUGUCUAAUUUGGCGAUGGCGCGAGUUCAGCGGGAGUGCAAGGAAGUGGCGACCGCUGGAGACAUCACGGAGGCUGGCAUUCACGUGGAAAUGAUCAACAACAGUCUACUCAACCUGAAGGUAGCAUUUUCAAUACAAUAAUUCUAUAAACUUCGCGGAAAAACCUUCAAAAUUAAACUAAUUCUGGCAGAAGGGCUUAGUCUAAAAAUCGAUACGCGUCACUGAGUGGGCCCUCUCUCGAUGCGUUCACCUGUCCGCCCCCCGCGCACGGCAUUCUUACAAGAACCCUAUGUAACCCGUAGAGAGAUUGGUGUGCUGGGCAAGAAAUCCGACUAAUUCGAAGAGUGUACGUAGGAAAAACGGAACAAAUAGAGAACAUCUAGCGCGGAUUUCCCGGUUUCUAAAACCGUGCAAGCACAUAGGCUAAUACAGUGAUUUGUAGGGAACCAUCAAGGGACCGGACGAUACUCCAUACGCAGGAGGACAAUUCGAAAUCGAGAUAAAAAUCACGGAGCAAUAUCCGUUCCACCCUCCAAAGGUACAGAAACAGUCGCAGAUCACAGCUCAGCUGAACGAUCAUUUUCAGGCAAAAUUUGUGACCAGAAUCUGGCACCCGAACAUCAGCUCGCAGACUGGAGCCAUCUGCCUCGAUAUCCUCAAAGACAAGUGGUAUGCCUAUGAAUCAAGGAUAACAAGCACAAUAUCACUUUCAGGGCUGCGACUCUCACUCUUCGCACCGUUCUUCUGUCGAUACAGGCGAUGCUCUGUUCACCGGAACCCUCGGACCCUCAGGAUGCGGUCGUUGCCAAGCAGUACAUGGAACGCCAGGAGAUGUUCAAGGUAAGAUAGGAAAAAUAUACAUAGGACAAGCGUUUCACUCAUACCUGUGAUUUCAGAACACUGCCUCGUUCUGGACCGUCCACUUUGCCGGAGCGAAACGAGAUGUGCCGCGCGACUACACCGACAAGGUUGGACGUCUCGUCGAGAUGGGAAUCCGCGAGGUAUGUUCAAAUCGUUGACGCCAAUUUCCACAAAAAUUGAUGUUCCAGACUGAAGCGGUUGGCGUACUAAGCUGCCACAACUGGCAAGUCGAGAAAGCUGUGCAGGACCUUUUCUAUUGA